AUGGAUAUUCUAAAACAGCUCCAUACUUCUGUUGCCCAAACAUUCGAAAAGUCUUUUGAUAAUGCAUAUAGAGAAUUGCACUCCGAAAUUCUUAUUCGCGAUAGCAAAGUUGAGAGGGCGGAAGAGAAAGUGAAGGUCGCCGAGGAAGAACGAAAUAGAGCUGCUGCAGAAGCAGAGAAACUAAAAUAUGAAAUUGAUAUUCUACGAGAGGAGCUGCUAAGGAAUGAUGUUGAUGCAAGAAAUACUGAAAUUGCUGUUGACAGGGCUUUUCAAUUAAAGGAAGCAUAUUCACCACGGCAUGUCUUAGUCUCCAACGAUGGCAAUGGCGCUAAUAACACAAAACUCGACUCGAGGGAAAUGGAGGUUGCUAAUCACAAAUAUAUUGCACUUUACGAGGAAUUUCAAACCCUCCUCAAGGCAACAGUCGAGCUCAGGUCGCAAAUCAAGCGUCAUAAGAAGAAAUUAGCACAUUGGCGAGAUUGCCUUGGUCGCGAUGGAUUCACGCUUGCGCUUGAUGGGUUCCCGGUCAGAUUUGAACGAACUCAAAGAGAUGUGAAUCAACAACAACCUCGGAAGAUACUGACAGCGUCGACUUUCAAUGCGUCUGAAUUGCCGAAGUGUAUUGAACCCGAUGGUAUGGACUGUACGUCGAAUUUCAAUCCGAACACGCUCGGCUCUAAGUCGGACGGCCAUCAUCAUACGCCAACUUUUAAAUCAAACUACGAAUCAUCUAGUGACUAUCCCUCAUCGCCAGUGCAUGGUGAAUUUUCAAGGCGUUCAACAUUACCAGAUCCAUCUGUGAGAGAAGAGAUUGUGAGAAAUGACAAUUCACAUGGACAACAGGCUUUGAAGAAAAGGCGCCUGGAAUUGCAGGAAUAUUUCCCUAAAAUUUCGCCUGGCAAUGAAAGCAUGGCAAACAGUGGAUCAAAAGAGCCGGUUCUAAUUCAAAAUGAACAUGUGCUGUCAACCUCGUUAGGAGCACUCUUGAGACACGAUAGAUCCAUUGGAGCUCAGGAAAGCGAUGGAAUUGACAACCCUGUUGGAACCACAGAAAGGAAGACAAGAUUUGUCAACCUUUCAGUGUCUUCGCUUGCAGAAGAUGGCGACGAAGAAUGCUCAGAGCAUCAAAUGCGAAAAGGAUUAGGCAAUUCUCUAACUCAGAUCAAUUCCUCUCAGCCAGUCCGAAAUACUGUUCCCGCAUUGACUGAGCAGCGAUUACAGAAUCUUCUUAAUGGGCCUUUACCUCCUAGAAAUGCACUACAGCUGCAGGAGGAUACGGCGCGCCAUGUGAACGUUAAAAACUGUGAUGAAUGUACAGACCAGGAUUGUACAGUAUCAUCCGACACCGGAUUGUCCCAUGAACAGAUUGUAUUAUCAGCACAAUCGCAAGAAACCCAAACACCAAACAUGCAAAGAGAUGUUCCAGAUAGCCCCGUGACAUGGGGAUUAGGCUAUAAUACCAAUGAGGCAUGCCCAGAGGACGAACCUUACAGAGCUCGGCCUUUGCAUCGGCUUGAUCUUAACGACUUUAAAAUAAAUACAAACUAUAAUAAAGGGUUGGAUUUUGCAUAUAAUACUGUUGUUCGCAACAAAAAAGAACGCGAAUCUAUACGCGGCUGCACACGCUCAGAGUGCUGUGGCGAGAAAUUCCUUGCCAUGGCACGUUUGGCUGGUUUUCCAAGCCAUCGAUCAAACUGCCAAAAAGAAGAACUGAAAAUUGUCGAGGAUUAUCUUGGGGAAGAAAAAGGCAUUCUUGAUGGGCUUACAACUGCAGAUUAUCAAAAGCUGCUUCAUGAGGCAAAAGCAAGGCUCAUUGCCAAUCAAUAUGGGAGACACAGACAUCAUCAUGAACGUCCCCCUACACCUCCUGGAUUCUGGCGUGCAGAUAUGCCUAAUACACAGGAAUUAGAACACGACCAUGAAGUUGCCUCAAAGCUUAACAGAGACAAGAUCGAAAGCCUGUCUGCCGUGACGAUACCGAGAUUCAGAGAUACCGUCAGAAUGCGACCAUUAGUCAGUCCCCCUUUGCCCGAGCGUGAAGCCGACCCAAGGUCGGAAGAGUUGGAAGGAAGCGACUGGAAUGGUAUGCAGACGCCAGAUAGCGAGCGAUCCUCGAACCUGGACUGGAACAUGCCUCGCACAGGAUUAUCGCUUCCUUCUCUUCCGGAUGUCAACGAUAUCUCGAACUAUCUUAUAUCAAAAGUUCUCACGGCUGAUGACAUCAAACCACCGAAGACUCUCUUGCACCGUGUUACUGGUCAAGGACAGUUAGCAGAAAUAUUAUACAUCCUUCGGCCGGUGAUUUAUGCAUUUGCAAUGCAAAGAUGGAGUGGAGAUAAGCGAAGCUGGAGACCCUGGCUGAUUGGCUUUGGAAUGGAAUAUGGGUGCCGGCAGCUCGCUAAAUCUGACUUCAAAGAGAGGGUCGCUGGCGGCCUCCGGGGACUGACAGGUCUCGAGCGUGAGGAACUUGGAAAGAGAGGAUGGGCGAUGGGUUGGUGGCUUUUACGAGGCGCAUUUUAUGAGAACAUAACUAAGUACUGGUUGAAAGGUUUAACGGGAAGGAUGAAGGGUAAACCUUUACUUGAUUUGGUGGGCAGCGUGAUUGAAGAUUACGAGUACUUGUGGGAUAAUUUUUACUUCCCAACGGCGACUUUGUAA